AUGCUUCCUAAAUACUCCACUUACCAACAGUCUUAUGAACAAGGAGGGCUCCAAGCCCCCAUUAUAGGCAAUCUCCUAGAUGCAAGAGCUUUGAUGGUUUGGCUCAAACUUCUUUCUGGAAAUACAUUCUGGGCAAAGCCUGGCCCUCAGAAUAGAAACCCCACCUUCUUCCUUGGUAGAAAGCAAAUAGAAGAAUUUUCUUUCAUACAAAUUGGCCUUAAAGUCUCGAAAACCUCUCUCUAG